AUACGGCACAGCUGUGUGUGUGCGUGAGUGCGGGGAUCCGGACACGCGCGUGCCUCUCUGCAUCUCUCUCUUUAAUUGACGAAUCCAGAGGGGACUGAUCUCGGUGAUUCAAGUGUAAUAAUCUCUAACGGACGCAUAUACUUAGCAUUCACCUCACAGGAGGGCAUUCCUUUAAUUUCUUUAGCAACAUAAUAAAAUAAAAUGGACAGUUCAGACAAGGAAAACAGGUCAGAUGAAGAAUUUGACUCACCCAAGGAAGAAGAGGUGGACCCGAGAAUCCAGGGAGAGCUUGAGAAGCUGAAUCAGUCCACAGAUGACAUCAACAGAUGUGAAACUGAGCUGGAGGAAGCCAGGCAAAGGUUUCGCUCGGUGCUGGUGGAAGCCACUCUAAAGUUAGACGAGCUGGUGAAGAAGAUUGGGAAAGCGGUGGACGAAUCGAAACCAUACUGGGAGGCCCGGCGGGUGGCACGGCAGACUCAGCUUGAAGCACAGAGAUCCACACAAGACUUCCAGAGGGCCACGGAAGAACUGCGGGCGGCCAAAGAGACCAUCGCCCUGGCUGAACAGAGGCUGUUGGAGGAUGAUAAGGGGCAGUUUGACUCAGCCUGGCAGGAGAUGCUCAACCACGCAACACAGCGAGUGAUGGAGGCCGAGCAGAUAAAAACACGCAGUGAGCUACUGCACAAGGAAACUGCUGCUAAAUACACUGCCGCCAUUAGUUGUAUGAAACAGCUGGAGAAGAAGCUCAAACGCACCAUCAACAAGUCUAAGCCCUACUUUGAAAUGAAGGCCAAAUAUUACUUGCAGCUUGAGCAACUGAAGAAGAAUGUGGAUGACCUCCAGACCAAGCUGACGCAGGCUAAAGGGGAAUAUAAGUCAGCCCUGAGAAACCUGGAGAUGAUCUCCGAUGAGAUCCAUGAGCGCAGACGCUCCUUAGGCAUAGGCCCGCGGGAGAGAGGCGUGGGGGCAGAGGGUGAUGGUGUCAUUGGUGAAGACUUGUCUGGCUUCAAAUUCGAAUCUGAUGGAAUUUCAAUGGCAUCUGGGUCCUACGAGGAUGAAAACUGCAGCACCAGUGCCAUGUCCACGGAAGACUCAGAGACUCAAUCCAACAGUAGCUUCAGUUCUGGGCCAAACAGCCCGCAGGACUUGCCCUGUCCUUUCUACUCAUCCUCCUCUUCCUCUGGAUCUCCGACCUCCUCCUCCCCGACCUGCUCCUCUCGCCCCUGCAGUCUGGACCUGCCCAGCACCGUCUCUUUGUCUGACUUUAGCCUGAUGUCUCCCAUCCUCGGCCCACGCAGCGAAUGCAGCGGCGCCUCCUCCCCUGAGUGUGACAUAGAGAGAGGUGACAGAGCAGAAGGUGCUGAGGCUGUAUUGGAAAACGUUCUCAAUAAAAAUAGCAACACCAAAACAACCUUUGGCCUAGAUAGCCGUUUCCCCCUGCUGUCUCUAAAACUUAGCCGAAAUGAAAGCAGAAAAAGCGUUGGCGGAGACCCCCUGGGUCUGGCUCAGCACACCGCCCCAGCCACAGUCCUGCUGGAUGGGAUGUGACUGCAGUGCCUGCUACAUCAAUGUACCUGAUGCAUUCAUUCACAUUCCGUGCGAGAAGCACUGGCAGUUACCCGUCCUCCACUUCACCAGUAUGUCAUCGCAGCCCAUUGUUCUCACUGUCUAGAAUGUUCCACCAACUUUCAGACUAAACUUUCACUCAAUCUCACGGGUGUGAGAAAGGCAAACCAUGACACAGUGUGGUGAGGAGACAAAUCUGCCAUUGGGGGCAUAGAACCGAGUUAAGCUUUGAAAAGAAGACAAGCAUCUCUGUAAAACACAAUUACCGUUCCAGAUCUAGAGAGACUCAAGACACGUAAGGAUGGCGUUAGCACUUCACUUUUUACUUAAAAAAUGCAUAUGAGAUUCAUUAUGCUCUAAUUUAUGCCACUGGUUGUCUUUGUAACCGUGUCAUGGAGAAUUUAAUUUGUGUGGCAGUAUAAUGUUACAGUCAUUACUGAGUUCUUCUAUAUCCAGGACAUCGGCGCAUGAUUUCGCUUCAGCCUGGUGCUCAACAGACUCGCCUGCACAU